AUGUUCUCCCUGUCCGUCAUGGUGGGGCUGGUCCCAAUAGUGUCGCUCUUUGGUUUGUUCUACUCCGCUGCAGUGGAUGAGAACUUCCCUCAAGGCUGCACAAGCAGCAACAGCCUGUGUUUCUACAGCCUGCUGCUCCCAGUCACCAUCCCGGUCUACGUCUUCUUUCACCUCUGGAGCUGGAUGGGGAUCAAGCUUUUCCGACACAACUAAUCUGUUCUAAUCUAAUUCUGUUCAAAUAAAA